GGUUUCUCUCAAUUUGACUUCAUUGUGGAGACUGGAGAGUAAACGCACAGAAACUGUGAUCAGAGGAAAUGGGGAGAUCGCCGACGACGAAAGAUGAUGCACAGGCUCUUUUUCAGUCUCUCCGAUCUGCUUAUGCCGCUACUCCUACUAAUCUCAAGAUCAUAGAUCUGUACGUGGCUUUUGCUGUGUUCACCGCUGUAAUUCAGGUGGUUUACAUGGCAGUGGUUGGGUCAUUUCCAUUCAACUCUUUUCUCUCUGGUGUCCUUUCUUGUGUUGGGACAGCUGUCCUAGCUGUUUGUCUUCGUAUUCAAGUGAACAAAGAAAACAAGGAAUUCAAGGAUUUACCUCCUGAGCGUGCUUUUGCAGACUUUGUUCUAUGCAAUUUGGUGCUACAUUUGGUGAUUAUGAAUUUCCUUGGAUAGGUUUAAUAUAUAAAGAAUAUUAUAUGACUGAAUUUUGAUAUAAUAAUUAAGUCGAACCUUUAAAACUUUUAAAAUGUCAAAGAAAUAGAAAUUGGGUUUUGCAAUGAGGUUUGUUUAGUCAUUUCAUUUCGAAAAUUGUAAUUCAAUCCAAAACAUAUUGUUCAAUUGUUAGGCUACAUCUGUUACACCGAAGGCUUGUAUGCUUUGUUUUA